AUGGCGGCGAAGGCACAAAGUGGAUUUGUGCCUCCAACGCUAGGGCCUCCCGGCCAGCAGAAUGAUCAACCAUAUGCUCCGGCGGAAGCUAGCCAACAGGCACCGUCGCCUAGCACAGGUAAAGCGUUGUCGACUGGAACAAUCCCUGACCCCAGCAACGGCAACAACUCUUACGCAUCAAGAACGCCAUACAACGCAGAUGAUGGCAAGGGCAUCAUCUAG